UUUUUCAGUCACUGAGACAUCUGCCAUGGAGCUGAGAACUAUAUAACGUGAGGAAGAAAACAUUACCUCAGAUAUUCAUGGUGGACAACGUGGACGUCAAGGCCCUGAGGGCCAAGUUUCAUGCCCAGGCAGAAGAGACCCCCUCCACUCCUGGAGCUCUCUCAAGGCCUCGGCCAGCUGGCCAUUUAACUGAAGCGUCUGACAACGGAGUGGUUCGGAGCAAGCUUUCACCUAUAACUCCGAGGCCUGAACCCAAGAAGUUAAACCAGAUUCCCCAUGGAGUAUUUCCCAGACCUCCACCCUCUCAACGUGUGGGAGCUAAAGAGGAUCUUAAACCUCCAGUUACCGAUACUGAGAAUACAGGGAAAAUAAAAUUGACUGGAGAGCUGCUCCAAAACAGAAUGCUACAACAUAUUGAGAAGAAGCCCCAUCCAUUUCCCAAAUCUUUACUGCCAAGCCAGAGGAGCUUGUCUGAGGUAGCACCCCUGAGAAAACCUAUUCCCAUUGUUGGGACACGCCCCACAAAGUCUAAGCGACCUCCUUCUGUAUGUCUUGAUCGUUUUUACGUAAAGGGGCCAGCACCUCCAAUACCAGGACGUCAAGAGAACAAGAUUCAUGCAGGACCGGUGCGACCACCAAGAGCACCUUUUACCCCAACACAGCCGAUUUCAAACAUACACACUGAGCAUGAACAGGACACGUAUGAUGACAUUGAUUUGCCCCCACCUCCACCACCUCCUCCAAAGCUGCCUUCCGGUGAAUCAUGGACGGGAAGUUUCUCAUCUCAGGCUGAUGAUGAUAGUGAUGGAGGUGAAAUAUACGAACACAUUGAAGAUCUGGAAGAAAUGGAGCAGCCUCCUGUCCCAGAAAGAAAAAAACAAAAGGAACACAAACUAAAACAAGAACUGGAAAAAAGAGAGCAAAAAGAGAGGCUGAAAAAAGAAAACGAGUACCGGAAAAAAUUCAAACUGACAAAAGAAGAAGAGGUACUCCACAUCGCUCGGGUGAGGGAGGACUGGCAGGGCGGCAAGAACGAUUUGCGUGUACACCAAGGAGAGUGUGUGGAGAUCGUUCGUGUGAAGAACAACCCAGAGGGGAAAUGGCUGGCUCGAAACAUGAAUGGGGAAUAUGGCUAUAUCAGUAACACCUGUGUGGAUGUGGAUUAUGAAGAAGUAAAACGGAAACUACGUAAGGAAGCAGCCCCUUUCUCCAUCCCUGCUCCUGUCAGCACGGACGAAGACGUCUAUGAUGAUAUCGGUUCAGACCUACUGAACAGCAGCCUAAAUUUGAGUGGUGAGGUAUAUGAUGAUGUAGACCAUAAUGUAUCAGAGGACUUCCCCCUCCCCCCACCUGAGAUAUGCCUGGAUCCUAGAAAGAGCAAAAAGCUGGAGAAGGAGGAGAAGGAAUUCAGGAAAAAGUUUAAGUUCGAGGGGCCUACCAAAGUUCUUUGCUGUAUGAUGGUGGAUCCGAAUGCCAACAUCAAGAAGGCUGGUGGGAAGGACCUGACCGUGCUGAGAGGAGAAAUUCUGGAAGUCAUUCAGCAGACUAGUGAGAAGAAAGUCCUCUGCCGCAAUCAACAGGGCAAAUAUGGCUACGUGCCAAGAAGUUACCUUUUACUUGAGGAAAAUGAAAUAUAUGAUGAUAUUGACCACAUGCCAGAUGUUUAUGAUAAUGAUGCCCCGCUGAGGUCUUGAUAGUUAACUGAGUGCUGUUGAAGAAAAUGGAUGCAAAAACUUGAAUGGUAAAAAGCAACUGAGCUCGACUGACCUGAUGACACUUGUUGCCAUCUCUUCAUUAUUUGGGAUUAUAAAGAUAAAGCGUUGCUGCUGGAGAAGAAAUAUAGUGUAUUGGAAGAAUCUUUGUACAUUUAAGAAAUGACUUCACAUUUUUAGCAAUCUGUAAUAAUUGUUUCUUUUGUAUUUAUUAGUUUAGGAUAAGAAUAAUAAACAUAAUG